AUGUCUGAUAUCUCCGAAAAGGACGGGUUUGAUUACAUUGUUCAAACUUUGGUAAACGAUUGGGAUCCAUCAGGUUAUCAUGUUUGUUGGGAAAACAUUUUAUCAUUGGAACCAGAUAAAGCAACGGUAACAAGAGCUUUCAAUGAACAAAUCGAAUGGUUAAUAGCAAACGGCGCCAAGGACAAACAGGAAAAAGCAAAAUACCUAAAGAAUCAAUUUCAACUUGAUUCACAGAAAGGUGGUCCGGUGUAUCUUUUUUGGGCAGAAAAAAUGCACGUUACAAAACUCAGAGGAAUUGAAAAAAAAGAUUCGAAGCUUUCAAGGAGCGAUGAAGCAAUUUCAAGAGAAAAUGAAGACACAUUUGAAGGAAAUUUACCAGAAUUUAUAUUUAAUACUACUCAAGAGACAAAUCAAAAUGCUCAGUUUGACUCUGUACCAUGCAAACGCUCUUCUGAUGAUGAUCUUAAUCAAGUAUUUAGAUACAUAAAAAAUCAUGAAUUGAUUAACUUAAUGAUUUUUUUCACACAGAACUUCAAGAAACGUUUAUUAGGUUUUGAUUAUUAUUCCGAUAGCUCUACUUCUACUGAAGAAGAAAAAAGCAAAACUGAAGCUGAAGAUUCAGAUGAAGAAGGGGAAAGGAUUACCAACUUUAGUAAAUUUACAUUUGAUGAGUACAUCGACACACUUAAUGAGAAGGGAUGGGUUUUAAGCGAUGGAGAAAAAAUGAUUCCUAAUAUUUAUACAUUAACUACUGAUAUGCAUAUGUACAGGCUUGGUCUUUCAUCAAUAAUCGAUUUGUCGUCAGAGUUCGAUGAAGGAAUGUACAUGUGGUUUGGAAAAGAUUGGGGAAAUUUGAAAGCGAAAGUUUCAGAGAAGAUAAAUUUCAAAGUAAAAAAAUUUGAAGGUGACGCCUUGUCUGAUAUCAUUAAGAUCGAAGAGUUAUGUGCCUCAUAUCACUAUUGGGAAGCGCGUAUUUAUCUAUUAGAUAAAUUAAAAGAAAGACACAUUGAUAACAAACACCAACAAGUUUUAAAAAUAUAUUAUCACUUGAUCGAUAUGUUGUUGGCAAAUCCUUAUUCUUUUGUUAAUAAGGAAGGGGGGAAAAAGAAUUUGACAGAAAUGGAAUACAUUAUGAAAAUUUCAGGUCCCAUAUUGGAAAUAAUUUUUUCAAAUAACCAUGACAUAGUUUAUCUUAAAUGGGGUGAAACAGUUUCUAAGUCAGCUGUAAACCGAAAAAUAGAUUUAAAAAUAUUGACUACUGACAAUGACUUAGAGUUGUCACACUCUGAAUUUGCACGUAAAGCAACACUG